AUGAAAUGGCCGAAGUUCAAUAUAGCACAGAUAGGUGAAGAUGGUAGAAGUAAUCAAAUCAAAUACGUUAGGAUUUUCCUUCUUUUUAAUGCAAUUGUAUGUGGAGGAAUCGCGUGGAAGCAGUAUGAGCCAGCAAAAGAAAGUCCUGAGCAUGAUAUCAAUAAAUUGGAAGAAGAAGGCGAAAUGUUGAGUGCUUUGAACCAAGAAAAUAACGAAAGCUUGAAAAAAUAA